AAUUUCUCACUCGUGUGAUUGAUUCCAAGCAAGAUGUUGCGCAGACAAGCUAGAUUAAGGCGUGAAUACCUUUAUCAAAAGGCUAAGGAAAGUCGUCAAAAUAAAACCAGAGCUAAAAAAAAUAAAAUUGAACAAAGUGUGCAUCAAAAUACAUAUAUUCAUGGAGAUGUACAAAGAGACGCAAUUCAAAUACAAGAAAAUCUUAAAUACGAUACAAUUGUUGAGAAUUCCAAUACAUUUGAUGAUGAGUAUCGCUAUGCCGGACGGGAAGAUCCUAAAAUAAUGAUAACGACUUCACACGAACCCUCUGCUAGGUUGAAAAUGUUUGUAAAAGAGCUAAGAUUAAUAAUACCUAAUUCUCAACGUAUGAAUAGAGGAAAGUAUGAGUUAAAACAGAUUGUACAUGCUUGUAAAGCUAAUGAUGUUACAGACUUAAUUAUUGUUCAUGAGCACAGAGGAGUACCAGAUAAUCUUGUUAUAUGCCAUUUGCCAUAUGGUCCUACCUCAUUUUUUAAUAUAUCUGGUGUUGUAAUGCGACAUGAUAUACCUGAAAUUGGACACAUGAGUGAACAGAAUCCCCAUUUAGUUUUUCAUAAUUUCAAAACCAUUCUUGGACAACGUGUAACAAAAAUAUUAAAACAUCUUUUUCCUGUGCCUAAAGUAGAAUCAAAGCGUGUCAUCACAUUUGCUAAUCAUGAUGACUUUAUUUCAUUUCGUCAUCAUACAUAUCAAUUUGUUAAUAAGGAAUUGGAGCUCCAUGAGGUAGGACCUCGUUUUCAACUUAAAUUAUAUCAAAUUAAGUUAGGAACACUUGAUGAGAUUCAUGCUGCUAAUAUUGAAUGGGUUCUUAGGCCAUAUAUGAAUACUUCUAUUAAAAGACGUUUUUUAUCUGAUGAUGAUGGUUGGGAUCAGGACGAUGUGAGGAACUCAAAUACCAAAUGCUAAAGUUAUUGCCUACGAAAUAUAUACACUUUUAAUAAUGCUAAAGGCACUAUUAUACAAUAAAGAUUAACUUCCUGCUUCUAUAUUUCAAGCGAAAA